AUGACUUCAUGGGCAGACACCGUUGAGACUGGAUCUUCUGAUAACACUGGCACUAGUGCUGGGCAUAAAGGUGCAUCUGCUCCCACCAAGCCGACUUAUGUUCCACCUCACCUUCGGAACAGGCCUCCAGCCACUGAACCUCCUGCUCCGUCACUUAGUGGCCCACCAUCUGGUAAUGAUAGGUCCAAGUACAGCAUACCGACAAGUGGGUCUCGAUGGGGUGGUCCAAGGUCUGAUCAUGGGUGUCAGGGACAUGGCGGAGGCCAUAGCAGAAGUGGCUGGGUUGGCAAGGAACGUGAGGUGAAUCCUUUUGGAAAUGACGAUGUGGAUGCUGAUGCAGAGCGUGCAUUUGAGGAGCAGGAGAAUUCCGGUAUCAACUUUGAUGCUUAUGAGGAUAUUCCCGUGGAGACAACUGGAGAUAACGUGCCACUUCCUGUGAAUGCAUUUGCUGAGAUAGAUUUGGGGGAAGCGCUGAAUUUGAAUAUUCGGAGGUGCAAGUAUGUCAAGCCAACUCCUGUUCAGCGACACGCAAUACCCAUUUCUAUAGCAGGCCGAGACUUGAUGGCUUGUGCUCAGACGGGGUCUGGUAAGACAGCUGCCUUUUGCUUCCCAAUUAUUAGUGGAAUUAUGCGAGGCCAUUUUCAACCCAGACCACGUGGAGUGCGUACUGUUUUUCCACUUGCUCUUGUUCUUUCACCGACAAGAGAACUCUCAAUGCAGAUACAUGAUGAAGCUAGAAAGUUUUCUUAUCAAACCGGUGUCAGAGUGGUCGUGGCUUAUGGAGGGGCGCCAAUAAAUCAGCAGCUGCGUGAACUUGAGAAAGGAGUUGAUAUUCUGGUGGCAACUCCCGGAAGAUUGGUUGAUUUGCUUGAGAGAGCCAAAGUUUCAUUACAAAUGAUUAGAUAUUUGGCUCUUGAUGAAGCAGAUCGAAUGCUGGAUAUGGGUUUUGAGCCUCAGAUUAGGAAGAUAGUGGAACAAAUGGAUAUGCCUCCUCGUGGCGAAAGACAGACAAUGCUGUUUAGUGCCACCUUUCCAAAAGAGAUACAGAGACUGGCUUCUGAUUUUCUUUCCAAUUACAUAUUUUUGACUGUUGGACGGGUUGGUUCAAGUACGGACUUAAUCGUUCAAAGAGUUGAAUUUGUUCACGGGAAUGACAAGACAAGCUAUUUGAUGGAUCUUCUUCAUGCACAGAGAGCCGAUGGGGUUUAUGGAAAGCAAGCUCUUACUUUAGUGUUUGUGGAAACAAAGAAAGGAGCUGAUUCAUUGGAACAUUGGUUGUGUGUUAAAGGUUUUCCUGCUACAACAAUUCACGGUGAUCGAACACAACAAGAAAGAGAACUAGCAUUGAGAUCUUUUAAGAGUGGGAACACACCGAUUUUGGUUGCGACGGAUGUGGCAGCUCGUGGUCUUGAUAUUCCUCACGUUGCUCAUGUUAUCAACUUUGAUCUCCCGAAUGAUAUUGAUGAUUAUGUACACCGGAUUGGACGUACAGGAAGCCAAUCAAGAGGUACCUGA